GAGAGCUGUUGGGUGGUGAUCUGUGGGACUUGGACGUGGGUGAAAGUUUUGGACCUGGAUAUUGGUGAAGUUUUGGACUCGGAUACUGGUGACUUGUUGUACUUGACAGAUUGGUGUUGGUACAAGCAUUUAUAUCAACAAAGAUGAAGAAGUGGGAAGUGGCUCAAGGCAAAACCCUACAGCACAACUCCUUUCACGAAGAGGCUUUAACAGAGCACUAUAAAAUCCUAAAGACCCUUGGCCGAGGAGCAUUCGGAGAAGUAAAGUUGGCUAGCCAUCUACUCACCCAGACAAGGGUAGCAGUAAAAGUUCUUCCAAAAGGCACAAAGAAUAGCUUCAUCAAAUCAGAAAUUGAAAUAAUGAAAUCUCUUGACCAUCCCAAUAUUAUUAAACUUUUGCACAUAAUCGACACCACAAAUAACACUUACAUGGUUAUGGAAUAUGCCACAGGCGGUGAGCUAAUGAACAGGAUUGUACUGUUUGGCUACCUACAGGAGGAUGAGUCCCGAAAGGUAUUUAAACAGAUGGUAUGUGCCCUCCAGUAUUGUCACAGGAAAGGGAUUGCUCACAGGGAUCUAAAGCCUGAAAAUAUUUUAGUGGACAGCAAAGGCAAUAUAAAACUCAGUGAUUUUGGGUUGGGCACCAAGCUUACCAUGGGGCAGAAGCUAGCAUAUUUCUGUGGGACCCUUCCUUAUUGUGCCCCAGAAAUCUUAGAUGGUAGAGACUACGAUGGCCAAGCAAUUGACAUCUGGAGUUUGGGGGUUGUACUCUACUUUAUGUCGACAGGGCGCCUCCCUUUCAAAGGAGUUACCUAUGGAGGAAUAAAGCAGAAGAUCUUGGCAGGAAAGUACUCUAUUGAAUACAAUCUGUCUCCAGAGCUUUGGGAUGUUAUUGCUAAGUUGUUAACUGUAAAUCCUGCACAAAGACCAAGAAUAGAUGACAUUGUGAGUUUUCCAUGGCUAAAGCAUGGCAAUGAAGGUUCUCCCAAUCCCUUUAGAGAGAACGAUGAGGACAGCUACCCAGACCCCACUGUGAUGGUCAUCAUGGGCGUCAUGGGUUAUAAGCAAGGAGAGAUAAUGGAAGCUUUACAGGAGAAGAAGUUCGAUCAGGUGAUGGCCACCUACUUGAUUCUAAGGCAGCAGUCACCCUGGGAAGACGACAUUAUAAAAGAUCUUCAGCCCAAGCAGUCUUCUGGAACCUUGAAUGUUACAGAGCCUUCCAGGAUACCUAAAGUGGCUAUAAAGAGGGGAUCUAGUGUCCCUAUCCUUCUCAGUUCUUCCAUUUUGCCCACUCUACCUGAGAGUCCUGAGAACGACAAAAAGGGGAGAACGAGGUACAGUAUGCCUUCCACCGUGAACUGCCCUAACAAGAAAAUAGCCCCAGUUGAAAGAAUCUGCCCCCAUCGUGUACAUGAGGCUAACUUCAUGAAUAGCACUUGGGGGGAUUCAGAGAGCACUAUUAACACCUCCAAUGAAAUAUGUACCAGAGUGUCUUCAAGACUGGAAACUUAUUCCAACAAGUUAUCCCUGAAUGUGUCCAAAGCUGGCCCUCACAAAUCAAAGAACAAGGUGUCCUCACAGGAGGCUUUAUCUCAUCACACCCCAAUGGAGGCAGUUCAGUGCAAAGAUGUCAACAUACCAGGUGAAAAUAUCGGCUCAUCUCUCCCACAAACCUCACCUCAAGAGAACCUCAGGGGGCAGCCCCACAGCGUGUCUACUGCUAGUCGGAGAGGUGAAAGGACCAGCUCAUCUCUCUCACAAACUGCACCUCAGUUGGCCUUCAGGGGACAGUCCCACAGUGUGGCUACAGCUGGUUCAAAGAACAAAAUGACCUCACAAGAUAGAUCACCCCCAUUCUCCAGCAAGGAGGCCCAGGAUGAGGGUCCCAUUGUACGAGAAAAAGACCUCAGCCCAUCCUCCCCAGAA